AUGAUGAACCAUAGUACAGAAUCAAGUGUCUUUGGUAAUGUUGAAGAAAAUGAUGGAGAAACUGAUAAUUAUGUUACAUGUCCAUUAUUACAACUAAAAUAUUCUAGACCAAGAAAACCAAUUAGGUAAGUUAUUAAAAUAAUAAUAUGUAUUAAUAUCUUUAUCAAUUAUACAUAGGUAGGAUAAAUACCGUCAAAUUUUGUAAAUUAUAAUGUUUUAAGCUAUUUUUGUCAUCAAAAAUACAAUUAUUGUUCAAUUUGAUUUUUUGUCAACUUAUAGCGGACAAUACUAUUCAUACAUUUUGUUAUGAAAAAUAAAUGAUUUUAUAAAUUCUUUUUGAUAUUUAUACCUGUUUGAAGUUAUUCCUUAUUUGUCUCAACUUUAGACACUUAUUUCUUUUACUUGUUAUUAUUAUUGUAUGUUGAAUUAAGAAAUAUUAAUAAUAGGUUUGGGCACUAUAGGAAGUUUUUAAAAACAUACUCUUAUAUCAAUAAAUUAAACAGUAACAAUAUUUUUCUUCAAUGUAGCCUAUUUGAUAUUAAAUGUUAAACAAUUCUUUGGUUUUCUUUUUGUGUGUUUUAUCUAUCCUCACAAGAUUGCAAGUUUUAUUUAACCUAUACAUAUUUACACAAUGUAUAACCAAAUUAUCUAUACUUCCUGUCCGAACUUAAGACAAUAAAAUCACAAAAUAACAUCUAUGCAUGAUAAGUAGUAAAUAUGUAUAAACUUGCGUGAUUCGUGUGGGUUUAUAGCAAUAUAAAAUAUAUAGGGUUUUAGUCUACUGUGAGAUACAUUUUUCUUCAAAAUAGGUAUAACAAGUCAAAUACUGUUAAAAAACUUUUUGUUUUUCUAUUUACCAAUUCUAAUACAGAUGAUUAUUAUUUAAACACAUGUACACAAAUUAUUUUAAUAAAUAACUAACAAAAUAGUUAAACAAAACAAUGACUGUUUAAAAUUCAACCUCAAUCUGAAUUUUUAUCAUUUGGCGGUAUAUACAUAUAAUGAAUUAUACAAAAACAAUGUAAAUUUAAAAUAAAUAAAUAAAUUCAUAUGUGUUUUAGUCGGUUGGGACAAAAAGGAAGAUCCCUUAAACGUUUUAAUGAUAAUCAACCUUUAUUUGAAAACAAAACAGCUGAAGCAGACUUAGGGUAUUCAUUUCAAACACGUACCCCAGAAAAUGUAGUUAAUGAUUUUGAAAAACUUGAUUUAGUACACCAAACUCCAUUUGUUCAUCCAGUGGUAAAGACACAAAAUGACAGUGGUAUAGAAACUCCAAGUGAUACGCUUAACAACCUUAAGAACUUGAAUAUUAAACCAACUCUUUCAUUGAGUACCAAAAGGUUACUAUAUAGUAAUAAAGAAAAUUUACCAGAGCAAACAAAAGAAGAAUUAGAAACACUAGAUUCUCAAAAAACAACUCAAAGCAAUUCUAGUACGUCAUGUUCAUUUACUGUAAAAGAAAAUUUAAAAGUGAUUACAAAUAACCCACCAGUCCCAGUAAAAGAUGACACAUUUUAUAUUUCACCUGAAACUUCAAAAUACAACUAUGAUACAAGUUUAUAUCAUAGUAUCAGAGAAACAACUGUUGUACCUGAUUCGCCAAAUUCAUUUUUAUCUAUCAAAAAUUCUAAUUCACAAGUUGAUUCUUCUUUAUCAACAAAGCAAUUAGGAUGUGCACCACUUGACAGUCAAAAUAAGUAUACUUUGGAAUUAUCACCUGCGGCUAAACAUAACAAUUCUGUAAUAAAUCCUCGAUCUCCUAUUCGUCGUAAUCCUGUGGUUUUUGUUCAAGAUGGAGAGUUUAAACGACCAAUUAAUUCAGCCAGUAACAUAUGUGUUAAAUGUUCCAAUGAAAACUUUAUAACUGUUAAAGGAAUUAAUUAUAGUAUACUGAAUACAUUAGGUCAUGGAGGAUCCAGUGUUGUAUAUGAGGUGAAUAUUCAAUAGAAUAUUUUUGAUAGAAUUAUCAUGUUAGUAUUAUUUUUAAUAUUUAUUUUAUUUUAUUUUAUAUUAGGUUUUACAUCCUGAAACUAACCAAGUGGUAGCAAUAAAAAAAGUAGAUUUAUCUGAAGUUGAAGAUAUCAUAGCUAAAGGAUAUUUAAAUGAAGUUAAAUUGUUAGAAAAUCUGCAAAUCUGUGAAAGUGUUAUACGGCUUUUUGACAGGUAGAUUUUAAAUUAUUUCAACUAACAAUAUUUAUUUUUGCGUGUACUAUCUGUAAAUAAUAGACUACACAAUUUUACAUUAAUAAAUUAAAUUUUAUCUUUGUUUUCCUAUGCAAUUUAUAAAAGUUAACCUAAUGGUAUACCAAUUUGGUUUAAUUUUGUAUAUUAUUUAUUUGAUAUUUAAUUAUUUCAGUCAAUACUCCACUAAAGAAAAGAUUUUGUACAUGGUAAUGGAAAAAGGAGAUACCGAUCUUUCAAAACUCAUUCGUAGUACAAAACAUAUGUCAGUAUUCAUGAUAAUGUACUAUUGGUCAGAAAUGUUGAAUACUGUUAGUCAAAUACAUGAGAAAGGUAAAUGAUUAUCAAACAUACAAUAAUAAUAAUAAUUUGUAUUAAUUUGAAUAAACAGGCAUAUACAUGUUUAUUGCUAAUUAAUCUGGAUGUAUUAAAAAAAAAAUAUUUUCACAUUAUGUUAACAAUAACAAUACUCAAAACCCCUCUAAAAGACUAAAUGAAAAUUACAUAGUAUGUAUGAAUGUUUAUUAGAAUAGUAUUUAAAUCAAAAAUAGCUUAUCUUUACCUAAUUAAGAUUAAUUAACUUCUUAAGAAAUUCAAUUAUUUUCAGUUCAUUAUUUUUGAUGUACAUUUUUUAUUAAACUUUUUAAAAAUAAUUUGUAUAAUGGAUAUGCUUUUUUUUUUUGCAUUCUAAAUAAGAAUGCAUGCAAUGAUGUAUUAUCACUUAUUAAAUCAACUUCCAUUACAUAUUAUUAAGUCCAUAAUUCAUUUAAAAAAUUAAACUAAGUAAUUCUUAAAAAUAAUUUUGAUAUUUAUAUCAAAAAUAUUCAUAUUUGUACAUAUAUGAUUGAAUUUUGUAUUAAUAAAAAGUAAUAAUUAAUAAAACACAUUUCCAAAUGGAAGCAUUAUGUCAAGUUAAAUUUUAUUUGUCAACAGAUGUUAUACAUUCAGAUCUCAAACCAGCAAAUUUCCUUUUAGUUAGUGGCCGUUUAAAAUUGAUAGAUUUUGGUAUUGCGUCAAAAAUACAAGGCGACAUGACUAGUGUCGUAAAGGAUGUCACUACUGGAACUUGGAACUACAUGAGUCCAGAGUGUAUUAUUAGUGGAGGCUCAAACUUUCAAGGACAUAAAGUAAAAAUUAAAUGAUUUCAUUAGGAAAAAUUGUAAUUUUUUUUUUUAAAUUUAGAUCAACCAAAAAUCAGAUGUGUGGUCCUUAGGAUGUAUACUUUAUAGCUUAAUUUAUGGCAAGACUCCUUAUUCACAUCUUACAAAUACUUGGCAAAAGUUGCAAGCCAUUGCUGUAUCCAAACAAAAUAUUAUUUUUCCAAAACAGAGUAAAUUGUUUCCACAUGGUAUACCACCUGUACUUAUGCAAACAAUGGAAUUAUGUUUGAUAAAAGAUGUGAAAACUAGACCUAAUGUAACAGAUUUGUUGAAACUUAUUGAAAAUGCAGCGUUCAAACCAAUGACCUAA